AGUAAAGAGAAUAUGCAUGCUGAUUUUAGGGUGUAAAGGGUUAAUACCAUUAUUAAUUAUAAUUGUAUAAUAGUUAUUACUGCCACCAACUAAUGUACCAAACUACUACAUAAGUAACCUAGUUUGUGUCUAUAUUCCUAAUUUAUAUUUGAAAAGGAAUUGGUUGGGGAGAGGGAGGUAGAAGAGAAAGAUUGUCACUGCUCUGAAAUCCAAUUCCCCUACAAUCAUAUGUGGUCUGAAAGUAAUUUUUGUGUCUUGUUCAUUUAAGAAAUGUGUCAUAGAAACAAAUUUUUGUACACCUUUCAUGUAAAGCAAAAUGUAAGCCAACAAAUGUAUCCAGAUGACAGGUAGUUAGUUCAAAGGAAAAGGUAAGUACACAUCUGAAAGUGCCUUUAGUUUUCUAGUAAUCUUUUUUUAUACUCUGCUUGUAAGAUUGAUUUUUUUAAUUGUUAUUAUUACAGUAUGCCUAUUAAGUUGACUUUUUCAGAAUUGUAGGUGCUUGUCAGUUUUGGAAAAACAAGAGCAUAACAAUAGCAAUAUUAUUUAUUAGCAUAUUUUAUGUAGAUGUAAUAAUAAUUAAUUCACAUUCACCUAAAAGCCACCCUAUGCCUUAUGAUGGAUAAGUUAUAGGCCAAGAAUUUGUACAUAAGGCUUAAAGUGAAAUGAAAGAGAAAAUUAAUUGGCUAGUGCCGCUGAAGUGAAGGAGGGUGGGGAAAUUUCCAGAUGUCGUUGAGUCAGUUGACUUGCGAGAAGAGAGAGAUUUUGCAUGUAACGGCAUAUUAAGGGUCAUGAGAAUUUCCCUGAGGUAUUUUACAGCCAAUAGAAUAGCUGCCACAGGAGUGCAGGGUUAUUCAAUUAAAUAAUUAGAUGUGCUGUGACUUUUAUGCAAACCAGAUAACUUUAGUGUUUUAAAAACUCAACCCAGUCUAGUGUGAUACGAAAUUGUAAAGAGAUGGGGUAAACUAGAAUGGACUGGUAAAUUUCAAGUUGCUUGUUGUAUUCAAAUGGUCACUAAAAUGUGUAGGCUACUAUUUACUUAUAGGAAUUUUACAACAGCUUCUGGAAUGCUAUUUUCAAUGAAGUAAAUCAAUGAAAAAUUUAAUGAAACUUUAGUUUAAUAGUUUAUUGCACCAAUCAAUUCAAAUCUUCAACAUUCCUCCCACCUGCAGGCAACCCACAGGCAUUUGACUGUUGUCUGUACCCAGGGGGUGUGGAAUUUGAAGCUUGCCAGGGUGGGGUGGGGAUUUAGCAAUAAGUUUCUUUGUUUUUGUUUCCUUUGUAAAUUUUUUAAUCUUUUUCUUUUUCUUUGGAUAGAAAAAUGGUUGAGCAUUCAAGACUAUAUGAUAGAUUCUGGAGCUUCUAUGUAGUUUCCAAAGUAUGCCACCACCAAAAGCUGUAUUUAGAGCUCUUUUAAGAUCAGUAAAAUAGUGGUGCAAGGCUCAGCUCAGAAUUAAUAAUCUAUUUUGUCUACUUAAUUACUAAAAACAAAAAUAAGACAUCUUGCCCUUUAAUGUAAGUAUCAUAAAGAAAAGACUUUUCAUAGUGAGGCCCAAGGGUAUACCUUACCCCCCUUCCUCCUGAAUAAGACACAAGGUUCAUGCGGGUAGUCCCUCCCUAAUGUUGGGGGGUCUUGUUUGAACGUAUGCAGUGUUAUUCCUGUGUGAUAAGAGUUACUGUUAGAAUUAACAGGUUUGCUCAAGAAAACAUUACCGUACAAUGAUCAGACAAGGACUGAAACUCGAGCCAUUUGAUCCAGAGUUCAAAAGCCUAAAGUAUUGUAUUCUAUGGAAGAUUUACCGGAAAUGCUCUCUUGACCGGAUGUGGUCUUCUUUAAGACAGGAACGAUCCAAACCUGGAGCGCAUGAGUAACAAGACAAAACGCUGACUCAAAUCUGUCUGGUUUGAUGAAAUAGCGAUUGUGGUUGAGCAACUUCCUCUGUAGAAAAGGAGAAAAAAAAAAACAGAAUGGAAAAAGCUGAGUUUUCUUUUGCAUGCCCAUUUCAUCUGUAACCUUUCUGGAGUCGAAGAGAAAGUAACUUUCACAGAAAGUCAUGAACAAGCCUGUGACUCGUGGGCGUAAGAGGAAGAGGAGAGGUAAUGGACGUUCAUCUUUGGAUGAAACAUCUCCUUCACUGUCUCUGACUGAGAAUGAAGUUUCUCCUCUUUCAAGUGGUGCCCAAGGAGAACAACAGGAAGAAACAACUUCUCAGGAGGAAAGUCUUUCACAUGAAAACAAGAGAACCAGAAAUGACAAUGAAAAUGGAGAAAGUACGAGUCUUGCAGAAAACAAUGCUAACAAUGAACCAGUUAGUGAAGAGCCUCAUUCUGAAGAAACUGCAGCAGAUAGGGAACCAAUCACUGUUGAAUCACCCACAGAUUCACUUUCACCAGAUGACGUUACAAUUAUUGGUGAUGUGCGGGUUGCAAGGCCAGAAGUUAUUGACUUAGAUAAACUUCCAACCAUAAGAAGAGGUGGCUCAGUAGUGGUUGAUUUGACAAAUGACUCAACUUACCAUCAUAAUAAUGUGGUAGAUUUAACUAGAGACAGUUCAACAGAUUCUUCUAUUGAUUCCAGUCCUGUUAUUGUGUGUGUAAAUAGAAUAUACCGUGGAGAUCCAGUAAUGCAACUGCCAUCUUGUCGUUUCUCACAUUCUGGUGUGCUGGGCAGAACUUUAUCUGAUACAGAUGACGAUAUACUAGAAGUAGCUGAAAGCAAUGAUGCAAAUGAAGUAAACACAAGUGUGACAGAACCUUCGACGUCAAGUAGUGAAGAUUCAGCAGGAAAAACACCUUCCAAGAAAAUAUGUUGUCCUAUUUGUUUGGAUGAUGAAGAAACAAUUAAAAGGAGGAAAAGAAGGUUAAUGUCAACAACUUGUGGACAUGUUUUUUGUGACAAAUGUAUUAGAAGUGCAGUUCAGAUGCAGAGUAAAUGCCCAACAUGUAGAAAAAAACUCACUCUAAGACAGCUUCACCCAAUAUUUCUAUAAAUUAUUAUUAUUAUUAGGAAUUUACUGGUAUUACCUCACCCUAGAUUUGUUGCUAUGAGAUAAUUAUCUUACACCUUGUCACUUACCAUGUAUCUCAUCUUAAAUGAGAGCAUUUGACAAAUUCCUAGCUCAACAAAUCCUUAGAACAUAAUGCUUCAGUUGAAAAUAACAAUUUUGUUUGUCAUAAUAAGAAAAACUGUUUUAAACCGCCAACAGAUAUCUUGCAACACCCUAAGGUCUCCUUUACAGAUGUAUUAUAUAUACAGUCUGUGAGGUGGGACCAAUAUUAGAAACAAAGAACAUUGAUUUGUUGGAGGCCGUAGCUAAGGUUUCUUUUUUAUUGAAAAAUUGCAAUGAUAAAGGUUCAGGAAGCUCUGGUAAAGAAACUCGUUGAUUGUUUUGUCCAGUAACAUAAUUUGUAAAAAAGAAAAAAAAUAGAGUAAUCGUAGAUAUGAACAAAUAAUGUAAUAUUAACAUGUGCAAGGUGUGAACAGACAUAGAACUCUCCAAAACCUGUAAGGGAAACAUUGUAUUUAAUAAGUUCUCAGGUUCUCUUGCAAUUGGUACUGAAACAACCGGUUUGAUGUUUGGAUUAAAGUGCUUCAGGUUGUGUUUUGUUGA